AUGUUACGCCAAACUUCUUUCCAUUCCCAUACCUCUCUUUUGUUCACUGUUAUUAUUUUCGUCUUUCUGUUCAUCAUAGUCAAAUAUGACUAUUUCAUCGACUUCAGCUCUAGUGCCCCUUCUGUUUAUCAUGAAAGCUGCAGUACAAGGCCGAUACCUACCGAGUCGUCCGGCUCCCAAGUAAUUACUUCCGCACCUAUAUUAACACCUACAGCUGCUGCUUUCCCCGAAAAGAUAUGGUACAAAGUCGGACCUCAAGGUGUUUCCACCGAGGCUGAGAGCUUUAGAAAUCAUUGUCUUGAGCUAAGCCCUUCAUACGAAUACGAAAUACUUGACGAUGAGGCGGCGAGUAAAUACGUCUACAAAUGGUUCUCAGAUCGACCGGAUAUCAUAACGACAUACUUCUCCCUCAACGUGCCGAUCUUAAGAGCGGAUCUACUAAGAUACUUAAUCCUGUGGGCCGAGGGUGGAAUGUGGAUGGAUUUAGACGUUUCAUGCGACGAAGUACCGAUACAUCGAUGGGUGCUGAAAGAAUAUCGAGAAGCCGCAAAUCUUGUUGUCGGCUUGGAAUUUGACUGGCCCUGGGAGAAUGACAAUUUCCUACACGCCCAGUUUACGAGUUGGACGAUAAUGGCAAAGCCCCACUCCCCCCACAUGAUGCAGGUGAUCGACGAUAUCCUGGUGGGUGUCGAUGAGGUAGCGCGACAACACAAUGUCUCGCUCGAUGGUAUACAAAUGGGUAUGAUUCCUCAGGUGGUAGACCUCACGGGCCCAAAGAGGAUGACGUGGAGCAUUGUGAAGAGUUUGAAUCGGAUCCUUGGAAGGGAGCUCGACGACCGGGAUAUCACAGGACUGAGAAGUGCGAAGCUCGUUCACGAUGUGCUGAUAUUGCCGGGAAAUGCGUUUGCUGCGAGUCAGAGCAACUUUCCAAAGGAUCAAGGGCCGGUUUUGGUAACCCAUCAUUAUGCGGGAACAUGGAAAAAUAAGCUGGGUGGGGAGGAAGGAAAGCCGGCGGUAUGA